AUGAUGAAUACCGGGGGUGGAGAUUUCACAAGUGAGAUUCUGAUCAAACCCGAAUCUGAGGUCAGUGUGAUUCACGCCACGUCAAAGUCACCCGCAAACCGGUAUACUCGGGAACGACGAAUCAAUCGGCCUAAUUCCCCCAUCUGGUCCCGUCCGAUCGAGGAAGCGGAACCGAAAAAGUCAAGCACAAUGGAUGCCGAGGGAUCCAAUAGAGUGAUUCUCGUUCGACGGAAAGAUUCUUCCAAAAAGAACUCGUUGGUCCGAUCUCAUGACGCGGAGGAGAUGAAUGCGAUGCUUUUAGAUGUCAACUCCUAUCGUCGGCAUCAAUCCCUACCUUCUUAUUCAGAUGACAACACAGAUGCUGUCGACAUACCUAAGGUUUUGCAAGUCUGUGUUUCCUCGGGGUCACUGGCAAAUUCAUUACCCGAUCACGAUGAGUCUUCGAAGCGUCCCGGGAGAGAUUUGUGCUCUGAGAAAUAUCUCCAAGUUCGGCGUUCAGAACACCCGUAUCGACUACGCACAACCACUGCCGACCGAGUGAGCGUACAACACGAUUCCUCCGAUAAUGUGACGGAUGAAGAGGAGGUGGAAAAAUAUCCUCUUACUCCCUGCUAUGAGAGCGCACCGGAAUCGGAUCCCAGACAAGUGAUGUUGACUGAGUUACUCGGAUCAGAAAAAUCUCAUCUGGAGCAACUGGAAUCAAUCAAUGCGGUUUUAUGUAAAGUGAACAAGCAUCAAAAAAUACAGACAAAAUGGAGCAAACAAGCGCAGGAUAUCAUCGAGAAUUUGAUCGGUCUUCAAACGGAUUAUGUAAAACGACUGGGUGAACGCUUGAAAGGACCGUUCGACUCGAAAACCACAAUUGCGGACGUGUUCCAGUCGAUGCCAAUCAGACAGGAGAAAUUGUUGGAAUACCAGGGAAUUUCGCAACACCUGAUUUCCUAUUGUGAACUACUCCAAGCCAGAUGUUUAAUUAACUUCGCGGAUUGUAACAGUUCGUCCACAUCGAAAGCGAACACCAUAGACUCGCGUCAGACCUUAGAUCCCUCCACAAUGCUCCUGAUGACUUUGACCCCAUCAACCAAUCCGGAUGCGAAGGAACUGAAACAAUUGUUUUCGACCCUCACCAAUUCAGCGCAUUCCUCGCCGGCCGUUUGCCUUUUUGGAGAGCACAUGCUGGAAAAGCACACACGGGAAUUAAAAGUUCACAGUAUGAUUGUGGAGCUGGAACGUUCGCAAUCGGAUGAACGUAAGCUGCGCUACUUGCUCCUAUUCACGGAUGUGCUGGUCUGUGCGAAAAUACGAAUGCUGCGGAAAGAUCGACAUCGCACCUACUUUGGCGAAGGAGCUAACAAACAGCGCACCACUGACCGAGUUUCCAUGCUGUUACGAUCCAACGUGCCACAAAACGCUCACGAUAUGCCCCUGAGUGAAGAGCCCCAAACAACACGAUUGGAAGCCAAAUGGAUCAUACCGCUUGAUCAGUUGGUUAUCGGUGCAAACAGUCAAGUGUUAGAAGGUGAGUGA